ACUUAUAUAGUUUUAUAAUAUUAUUUAUGUACAAAUCCUAUUUAAAUAAUGUUUUACUUUUAACAUGAACUGAAAAAAAUGGAUUGUAGACCUUGGCCAAGAGAAUCAAAAAAGAAGUGGCAAGAUUCAACCAUUGAUCGAUUCAAAACUAGUAAAACAAUAUGGCCUAUUCCUCAAAUAGAACAAGUUUUUUUGCCAGAUUUUAAAAUUAGAUCUCAGAUAAAUGAAUAUUCAUUUAAGAGCUUAGAAUUAAUUUGUAAUGGUGCAUUUGGCAAAGUUUACAAAGUUAAAAAAUUAAAUUCCAGUGGCGACUUAUAUGCUAUGAAAAUAUUGGAAAAAUCAUUGAUUGUAUACGAAAAUGGAGUACAACAAGUUAAAAAUGAAGUACAAAUUCAAUCAUUAUGUGGUCAUCAUCCAUUUAUUGUGAAUUGCCCAUAUUUUUGGCAAAAUAGAAAUCAAUUGUUCAUCGUUAGUGAGUAUGUUGGAGGAGGUGAAUUAUUGAAAUUAUUACAAAAAUGUGGACCACUACCUGAAGAAUUAUGUCGUGUAUAUUUUGCUGAAUUAGUUGUUAUAAUAGAUUUUCUACACAAUGCUGGAGUUAUUUAUAGAGAUAUAAAACCAGAAAAUAUAUUAUUAGAUGAUAAUGGUCAUCUUCAAUUAAUUGACUUUGGUCUAUCUAAAUGGCUUCCACAAGGCUGUCGUACAUCUACUAUCUGUGGAACUACUCAAUAUAUGGCUCCAGAAGUUUUACAAUCCGAACCAUAUUAUAAUCAUGCCGUAGAUUGGUGGUCUGCUGGAGUGCUCUUAUUUCAAAUGCUAACAAAUCAGUAUCCGCCAAAGUCACACGAUGAAAUCAAUAACAUGUUGGAAAAUGUUAGUAAAGGUGCUACUGAUUUGGUAUUAAAACUGAUGGAAACAAAUCAACAAAACCGACUAAAAUCAUUUCGUCAAAUUAAAGUCCAAUCAUUUUUUCAUAAUUUUAAUUUCUCAGACAUAACGUUAAAAAAGCAUAAACCAAACGAGUUAUUAAAAAAAUUGCUUGGAAAAACAACAAAAAACAAUCAAUCGUUAUCUCAUUUCGAAGAAUUUGAUGACUAGUUUAUGUGAUCCAUUAUAAACAGUGUAUUAACUAUUAAAAUAUAUGAUUUAUUUAAUUAAAUAAUUAAAACUUUAUUUUAAAGAAGGCCAUGUUAAAU